AUGGGCCCCUGUACCGCCUCCUCAUGCUGCUGCCAGGCCCCUAAUCUGCCAUGGGCCCCUGUACCGCCUCCUCAUGCUGCUGCCAGGCCCCUAAUCUGCCAUGGGCCCCUGUACCGCCUCCUCAUGCUGCUGCCAGGUCCAGAGUCUCUCAUGGGUCCCUGUACGGCCUCCCAUUGCUGCUGUCUCCAUCGCCACACUCUGCCAUGUGCCACUUUCAGGUCUCCUCACACUGCUGGUGGGUUCCAUUUUUUGUCAUAGGGUGCUGUAUGGCCUCCAUUGCUGCUGCCUCCUCCACCGCCACACUGUGGCUCCACACUCUGGGUGCUGCCCAAUUAGGGCCCCCAUAGCUGUGCCAGGCCCCUAUUCUAAGGGCCCCUGUACGGCACUCAUCUGCAUGUCUGCUGACCAGACACAGUAGUCUCUCUCUUCCCUGUACGGCCUCCA